CUAACUGAUAUGUAUAACAUAUAUGCAAGAACUGAAUCGCAAAGGUGAUAAGCAGACAGGUAGGAAGAGAUUUCAGACGCGCGCUGUCCAAGGUGCUUAAUUCAUUUGUGACGUUUUGUAAACGCUUCCAUGUCAAAAAAAUCAUUUAUAGUCGGACUGUAUUACAAUAGGCGGUCAUUUUGUCAUUAUUUCCCAAUAUGCACACGUUUAAAUGAGAAAACGGUGAUGUAUUUUUCAAAGGGACAGUACCACAAUCACAUACUUAAUAUUAUCAGUGGAUAAACUCUAAUGUUGCGCAAAUAUCCACUCAUAUAAGCUAUUAAUAAUGCUUUAUUUACAUUUUGGAUUACUGUCCACGUCGAAUUAAUAUUAAAUUAUUUUACAUUAAUCGAUUAUAAGUCCAAUUAAUGCGUAACGUGCCUACAGUCUGUUGCAAACUUGCGCGUGGCGAUCAGUGAAACCUUGAUGCCUCCUUUAAAUGUGGAAUGAUUUCAAAAAGCGCGUGCAUGUAUCCACCCCUUGUCAUUCUCAAGCAACCUGGCGUAGAGAAGGUUUGGGGUAGACGAGGACACACCCGAAUAAUGUACCUCUCCUCCCCUCCUCUACGCCUGCCCCGUUACGCACAAUGCGCGGUGCGCCGGGAGCUACGGCAGACAGUGGCAGCCGGGAUUUAAGGAAUCAGAUGUGUGUUUGUCGUGUUCAUCACUGCCACACGGACACCGGAGUGCCAUCCUGACUUCGGGAAGGCUGUCGUGACUUCUGGCAACUAUAGAGGAAGCCCUGGGCUGAUUUCUAAGUUUAUCCAGCAGUCAACCCCCUGGUAACACACUGGCCCUUUGUGCUCCCUGCCAUCAAGCCCGCUUCUCUGUGGGUAUCCCGCUUCCAUUUUCCCAACGUGUGGUGCCCUGCUUUGGUGAAAAGUGCAGGCUUCACCUUCCCCCAUCAUGACCGUGGCCACGACCGACCCCUCAGAUGAGGCAUCAGCACACCCCGGUCAUCCUCAAGACUAUGACCCUGGAACAGAACCGGAGUGCUGCGAAAGAGUGGUCAUCAACAUCUCAGGCCUGCGUUUCGAGACGCAGCUCAAUACCCUCUCGCAAUUCCCCAAAACGUUACUCGGCGACCCCAAAAAGCGAAUGAGAUAUUUUGACCCUCUAAGGAACGAGUAUUUUUUCGAUCGAAACCGGCCCAGCUUUGACGCCAUCCUCUACUACUACCAAUCCGGCGGAAAGUUGCGGCGACCCGCCAACGUGACUUUGGACGUCUUCUCAGAGGAAAUCCGCUUUUACGAGCUUGGAGAAGAAGCCAUUGAGAUAUUCCGGGAGGAUGAGGGUUUUAUUAAAGAGGAGGAGAGGCCGUUGCCUGAUAAUGAGUUUCAGAAGCAAGUCUGGCUGCUGUUCGAGUAUCCGGAAAGUUCAGGGGCUGCCAGGAUUAUCGCCAUUAUUUCCGUUAUGGUCAUCCUCAUCUCCAUCGUCAGUUUCUGCCUUGAAACGCUUCCCAAUUUCCGCGACGAUGCACAGGAGUUGCACAAAGUCCCCGUUAUUGUCAAUAACUCCACAACCACUUAUACGUCCGCCUACUUUAAGGACCCUUUCUUUAUUUUGGAGACGCUAUGCAUCAUCUGGUUCAGCUUCGAGUUUUUGGUGCGCUUUUUUGCGUGCCCGAGUAAAGCGAGCUUCUUUGUGAACAUAAUGAACAUGAUUGAUGUGGUGGCCAUCAUCCCCUACUUCAUCACAUUGGGAACAGAACUGGCAGAGACGGCAGAGGACGGUCAACAAGGACAACAAGCCAUGUCUCUUGCGAUUCUGAGAGUCAUCCGACUCGUACGCGUCUUCAGAAUCUUCAAACUUUCCCGGCACUCCAAAGGGCUUCAGAUUCUCGGCCAGACCCUCAAAGCCAGCAUGAGGGAAUUAGGCCUUCUCAUCUUCUUCCUGUUCAUCGGAGUCAUCCUCUUUUCCAGCGCCGUGUUCUUCGCGGAGGCGGACGAGCCCGAGUCGCAGUUCUACAGCAUCCCUGAUGCCUUCUGGUGGGCUGUGGUUUCAAUGACGACCGUCGGCUACGGAGAUAUGGUACCGACAACCAUCGGAGGGAAGAUAGUAGGGUCACUCUGCGCCAUAGCCGGUGUGUUGACCAUCGCCCUGCCCGUGCCCGUCAUCGUAUCCAACUUCAACUACUUCUACCACCGAGAAACAGAGGGCGAAGAGCAAGCGCAAUAUCUGCAGGCCAGCGUUGCCAAAGUCGAUUCCCAAGAAGAACUAAAGGGCAGUCGAAGUGGAUCCUCGAUCAGCAAGUCCGAGUACAUGGACAUCGAAGAAGGUGUGAACAACAGCAAUGAAGACUUUCAAGAGGAGAACCUCAAGACGGCAAACUGCACGCUAGCAAAUACAAAUUAUGUCAAUAUCCAAAAAAUGCUGACAGAUGUGUAGGUAUUUUGCCUACGUUUUCAAGCCAUGUUGGAGGACGAAACGCCUCAGUUAUCUUUUGUAUCAUAGUUCUGUCCAAUUAUUCAUUACGUCUGCAUGCAUCUGUCUGUACAUCAUCUAAAGCCAAGUAUUCGUAUUUAACUACGUGACACGAAUAUAUCGACAAACAUCACAGCUGUCUGUAUAUCCAUCAAACAUCUUACAAAGCCAAGCUUCGCCAAAGAAAAUCAUUUGUGUCUCUUGUUAGAAACAUCUGCAGCCAUAUGCAGAAUGCAAAGAAUAUAAUAUAGAUCAUACAAGCUGCUGCCUGCUACCAAGUCAUUACUGUUGCAUUGAAAACUGCUUGCUGUGUUCAUUCACUUACGCAUUUGAAGACAAGCUGAAUGUCAUAUUUUGAUUUGUCUGUAGUGUCUGAAACAUUUUUCUGUGUAGACUGCCUGUAGCAUCCAUGCAAAGAUAUAGUUUUCAUAUUUGUUUUCAUGCCUUAAAUCACCAUUUUAUCUGAUAUUUAAAAUAAGACAGAACAUACGUACUGUACGAAACAUUUUAAAAGUGCCACAGAAAAUGCUUCAUGUAUUUCACGUAAGAGCAUACUGUUCCAUGUAUACUUCUAUUGUUUCUGCUACAAGCUGCAGAGAUAGUCCAAAAUGUAGUUGAUAUUCAAAUUAACUUGUCGCUAAAUGAGCCAUAUUGUAGUUCACAUUGUAAUGUCUUUAGCAGCCUAUUUAGUCAAGUCAUAGCAAUAACGUCAGAUUAUUUUAAUCACUGGCUUUGCUUCUAUCAUUUUGAAAUGAUUUCAUAUGUAAGGAAAACCUCUGUGGAGCGUGUUUAGAUAAGAUACCUCUUUAUAACCGCCUUAAAUCAUUCGAAAGUGUUGCAUGACCUCAAAACCAAUUUUAACGGCAUGCAUUUAAAGUGAUAUGCAGAAAAUAGUUCUGUAUACAUAUAUUUUUAUCUGCAUCGUUUUAUUAAGCCCAAGGUUUCGGGUAUUUAUGUCUGAGGGACAGCAGGCAAAAGUAUACAAGGACAUUCACUAAAGUGUUUGGAUUGGCAGAAGCACAAGUAAUGGAUACAGUUCACGUGUCCUGCAGACGCCUGCUGCUGCAGUCACAAGAUAACUGAUCGAUUGUACUUCAGCUGACCUUGAGAUCAAGACUCGCAUACACAGAUCUGCCUUUUCAUAUCAGUGAUACUGUGAAGUGAAACGGAAACAUCAUGCCCAUUCAGAUUUUUGUAAUAUUGGUGUAUAAAUAACAAAAUGCAAUGGUGAUCAUGCUCAAAAAAAUGCUGGAUUAUUUUCAACCCAACAUUGGUCCGAAAAGGAGCGAACUCAACCUGUUGGGUAGUACUUUAACCUAUGCUGGCUUGUUUUAACCACUUGGAGUUGUUAUAAUGUAUUUUUAGGUCAUAAACUUUUCGGGGGGUGAAAUUUAACUCAUCACCUGGGGGUUUGUCCCUUUUUCACGCAACGCUGGGUUGAACACAUCCCAGCAUUUAUUAGAGUAUGUCGGCUACCAAGUUUAGCUACAAUUUUCUAAAAUUACAAUAUUUCAAAUAUUACACUGUAAAAAUGCUGCAUUGGGUCAAAAAGGAACAAAUCCAUCCGCUGAGUUAAAAUAACCAAGAAAAUGUUUAUAUUUAACCCAACAAUGGGUUAAAACAACCUAGCAUAGGUUGAAUUAAAACCCAACGAUGUGGGUUUGUCCCUUUUUGACCCAAAGCUGGGUUGAAAAUAAUGAAGCAUUUUUUUAAGUGUGCAUUGAUUAUAUUAAAUAUUAACACUUUCCCCGCCAUUGACGAGUUAUCUCGUCAAUUAAGAGAAAACAUUUGCAUUUAAAAAAAAAAGUGUUUCUGACGAUUUUUUAUGUUAAUUUGCAAUACCGUGAUGGCUUACCCAAUUUAUGAAAAAACUGAAGCUAAGUGAUGGUCGCUUUCGAAGCUCUGCUUCAUGAGGAUUCGAAACUUUUACGAAUCAUUCAUGAGUAGGGGUGUCACGAUUCUCCAAAUCCUCGAUUCAAUUAUAUUUUCGAUUCUGAUGUCACGAUUCAAUUCGAUUCUCGAUUUUUAAAUGAUUCUUUUUAAGACAAAAAUUAUAUGCCUUUAUUAUUAUUAUUAUAGUUUCACAUUAACAUGCACAUUGCGUGCUUUUCCUCACAUGGGGGUUUGUGGGCUUUACUUUACGCGAGAGAGCUUGUAGAGAGAAAAUUCCUUCUUGCACGCAGCUAGACUUAAUGCGCGCGUCUUGGACUCCUAUGAUCUGAAAUAAAACCGGUGCGUCAAGCAGCUGCGCUUCUAUCUGUCUCACGUGCACGCGCUCUCGCAUCUGUCCAAAGUCUAAACAUAAACUAAAGUAAUAAUCCUAACGUUUCUGUUCAGUUUUAUGCGUUUCAUGCGAGCUGAGGCAAACUAUACCUUUUGUUUAAAAUAUAACCCGCUGCAUCUUGGCGGCUCUCUCGUGCACGUGCAGAGAGCUGCGCUCUGUCCGACUCCAAAGGCAGAUCACUAGGUAGUAAUCCUGUUUAUGAUAUGCAUUUCAAGGAGUUGUAGCAAUACAUCUCUCGUGUUUAAAAUAUAAAUUGCGUUCCGCUUGAUGGAUGUUUUUAAAGGCACUUCUGAGAGUUUAUUUUCCCCCGCUUGGCAAGCCGACCAGACGUGACAUGGGGGCGUGGCAGCAUCGACGAUCCCAUUUUUUAAUUAGAAGUUCGAGGUUGUGACUUAAUUUCGAUCGAUUUCGAUUUAAAAUCGAAAUCGUGACACCCUUAUUCAUGAGGCUUCGAAACUUUUACGAAUCAUU